CUCCACGCCCAGUGGGCAUUUUAGACCCGCUUACUUCUCAAAUCAUACUGAUCCUCUCUCAUCCUUUCCCGCUGACGAAGUCUGUCCGUCGGGUCUUCGCCGUCCGCCUCUCUGUCCCUUCCUCUGUUUUCCAAAAGUUCUCCGCAGCGAAAACUAUAGGAAAAGGAAAAAGCAAUCUUGCCCUUUGGAUAUUUGGAACUUGAGAUAACAAAGAGAAAGAACCGAGAGCGAGGAGGCCGAGAGGAAUCGGCGAGGGAUCAGAUGGCUCCCUUUGUUCAGGAGAAGAGCUUGCUUCUGCCGGUCGUUGAUCCUCCGCGUUCCGGCGAUGAGAGCCUCUUCAAGGGCUCCGGCAUGACCAAGAGGGGCGCCUACGCUGCCCUUUCCUACAUGCUUUGUGCAGUACUUCUGGUGAUGUUCAACAAAGCAGCUUUGUCUUCAUAUAAUUUUCCAUCGGCUAAUGUCAUCACGCUUUCACAGAUGAUAUGCUCAACUUCCCUUCUUUAUGUGUUGAGACGUUGGAAGAUCAUCACUUUCAGUGUUGGUGAUCUUUGGUCUUCAACUGAUUCUGGAAACUUUGUUCCUCCAAAGACACUGUUGCAUACACUUCCCCUUUCAUUGGCAUAUUUGUUGUACAUGCUUGCAGGAAUGGAGUCUGUACGUGGAGUAAAUGUUCCCAUGUAUACCACUCUCAGGCGCACUACUGUUGUUUUUACGAUGAUUGUGGAGUACCUCCUUAUAGGGCAGAAGUACACACUUUCUAUUGUUGGCAGUGUGGCGUUAAUCGUUUUUGGAGCAUUUGUUGCUGGAGCUCGAGACCUAUCCUUUGAUACCUAUGGUUAUGCUAUUGUUUUUCUCUCCAACAUCACGACUGCAAUAUAUCUUGCAACUAUAUCUCGCAUUGGUAAAUCAAGUGGCCUGAACACCUUUGGUCUUAUGUGGUGCAAUGGACUGGUAUGUACACCUAUUUUAUUAUUUUGGACGCUAGUUCGAGGUGAUUUGGAGUUGACUAUCAGUUUUCCUUAUUUAUAUUCUACAGGCUUCCAGAAUCCCCGCCACUACAGGAAAUCACUCAUUACCAACGGUUUUUGCCGGCGGUUAACUCAUGUUUUCCGGCGGUUGUGUAAAAGACCGAUGACUUUUCGGCGGUUUUCAAACCGUCGGAAAAAACGGCGCAGGAAACCAUUACCGGCGGUGUUUUUCCGGCGGUUUUUGUCACCGACGGUGUUCCGGCGGUUUGUACCGCCGGUUAUCGCCGUUGUUUUUACCGGUGGCUCCCCGGCCGUCCGACCACUGUGUGAUGUUUUGGUGCAGGAUCUAUUUACCAUAGGGCUUGGCUGGCUAUUGUUUGGAGGUCUUCCUUUUGAUUUGCUUAACGUCAUAGGGCAGGCUCUUGGUUUUGUGGGCUCUGGUUUGUAUGCCUAUCUCAAAAUCAAAGGAAAGUAGCUUUGCAGUUAUUGUACUAUUCGCACACUUCUUUCUUAGUAGUUUUGAUUUCUAUAAGUAGUUUUUGAAAAGCUUGUCCAUACAUUAACAAAUACAAGCUUGUGUCAUGCACAAGAGGUCAUUUUUUUGUAAUUUUAAUCAGCAUAUUUUAUCAAAAUUGGCUUAAAUUUUUUUUAUUC